AUGGCUAUUCUAGAGAGGUGGCAUCCAGAGACUUCGUACUUUCAUCUUCCUCACGGUGAGAUUACCAUUACUCUUGACGAUGUUGCAUGCCUUCUGAAUCUACCUAUCAAGAGUACCCUCCUUGGUUACGAUAGGCUGACAAAGGAGGAAGUGAUGGAGAUGAUGAUUGAGGAGCUAGGGGCUAGUCCUGCUGACGCACUUGAGAAGGUGGAGAGGACCCGCGGGGCGCACGUGAGGUUUCACUUCUUGCAACGAAUAUAUGAUGCGGAGCUUCUUGCGGCACAUGAGGCUGUUGGUGACGAGGCAGAGGUGAAUAUACACAGAGAGCGGGUGCUGAGAUGUUACUUCCUAUAUUUGAUAGGCACUCAGCUCUUUGUGUACACGAGCUCGACGUACACAGAAGUCGCUUACUUGGCGUACUUAUCGGAUCUCGCACGUGUCCAUGAGUACAAUUGGGGAGCGGAUACACUGGCGUACAACUACCACAUACUCGGAGUGGGAUGCCUGUGGAAGGAAAGAAGUGUGGCUGGCAGUUGUACCCUGUUAGUGGGUUGCAUACUACAGCAGUUCCCUGAUAUUAUUGGCUGGGGAGAGGUGUUGGGUUACACAGCGACCAUGUCGCGUGCCAUAGCCUUCGCCCCCCUCAGAGGGAACCAGGUGUCGGAUCCUUACAAGCGUUGUCUUGAUUGCAUGAUGUAG